UUUGCUUGUGUUCAAAAGAUCUUCUUCAAAAUGGGCUUAUUUGAUUUUUUCACUCCCAGCAUUCUUCUGUCAAUAUACUUUAGAGAAAAGUGGUAGACCAGUUUACGGACUGGAAAAUGGUUAUUCAAAGCUUAUCAAACCGGGCCAAGAUUUGAAAGGUGAGGGUUUAUCGAGUAUAUGUUUGAUAUUAUCUACAUUACUUGGUUAAUCGACUUGCUAAUGAUUGUAUUUGGUUCCAAUAAGGUUUGGUGGUUAUACCUGGUAAA